CUUCGGGUCGGGUGGUGGAGCCUGAGCCGAGGCUUCCCGGGUGGUGGGAGGGCGGAGGGCGGGGUGGGGGGGGGGUAGACUUGGACCGCAGGCACCCGCUGCCCAGCCUGGGGGCAGCCGCUUGCUGGGAGCCGGGAAGCGCGGAAGGAAGGUCGCGGAUCCAACGUUGGGAACUGGGAGGCGAGGAGCGGACUGCGCUGUCUUCACCCUGACUGUCAAUUUGACUUGAAAGAAAAACUGAAAGAUAAAUCAUGGUAUUUUCAACUUGGGUGUUUGGCAGGUAUUUCUCUUGACAAUGAACAGAGUGAACUUCAAAGAAAACUACUGACAAUAUUUGUUGCCAACGACCAAAUUUGAUCUUGCACUUUCUCAUCUCGUAACUUUACUGUUCUGAAAUUUGAGGAUUUCACCAUGAUAAUAUGAUAGGAACUUUCAGCUGUAUUCUAGUCGGACUACUGUGGGUCUUCUAGGUUUCUGGAGAGCUUAGUAGCGCAGCACACUCUGCUUACUAAUUAGCACGGGAAAUCAUGCCAUCUUUGCCUCAAGAAGGAGUUAUCCAGGGAUCUUCUCCCUUGGAUCUGGAUACAGAAUUGUCUUAUCAAAGCUCAAUGAAAAGGAAAGUCAGAAAGAAGAAAAAGAGAGGAGCCAUUACAGCAAAUGUUGCUGGGACAAAGUUUGAAAUUGUUCGCCUAGUAAUAGAUGAAAUGGGAUUUAUGAAAACUCCAGAUGAGGACGAAACAAGUAAUCUUAUCUGGUGUGAUUCUGCAGUUCAACAAGAGAAGAUUGCGGAGCUGCAAAAUUACCAGAGGAUCAACCAUUUUCCAGGAAUGGGGGAGAUCUGUCGGAAGGAUUUCUUAGCAAGAAACAUGACCAAAAUGAUCAAAUCCCGCCCUAUGGAUUAUACUUUUAUUCCUCGUACUUGGAUCUUCCCUGCUGAGUAUACACAAUUUCAAAAUUAUGUGAAAGAAUUGAAGAAAAAACGAAAACAGAAAACUUUUAUAGUCAAACCAGCUAAUGGUGCAAUGGGUCAUGGGAUUUCUCUGAUAAGAAAUGGUGAUAAACUUCCAUCCCAGGAUCAUCUGAUUGUUCAGGAAUACAUUGAGAAGCCUUUCUUAAUGGAGGGUUACAAGUUUGAUUUGAGAAUUUAUAUUCUGGUGACGUCAUGUGAUCCACUUAAAAUAUUUCUCUACCAUGAUGGACUUGUACGAAUGGGAACUGAGAAGUAUAUUCCACCUAACGAAUCUAAUUUGACCCAGUUAUACAUGCAUCUGACAAACUACUCUGUCAACAAGCACAAUGAGCAUUUCGGACGGGAUGAAACUGAGGAUAAAGGCAGCAAACGCUCCAUCAAAUGGUUCACAGAAUUCCUACAAGCAAAUGAACAUGAUGUCUCUAAAUUCUGGAGUGACAUUUCAGAAUUGGUGGUAAAGACGCUAAUUGUGGCGGAGCCUCACGUCCUGCAUGCGUAUCGGAUGUGUAGGCCUGGUCAACCUCCCGGAAGUGAAAGUGUCUGCUUUGAGGUUCUGGGAUUUGAUAUCUUGUUGGAUAGAAAACUAAAGCCAUGGCUUCUGGAGAUCAAUAGAGCUCCAAGCUUUGGAACAGAUCAGAAAAUAGACUAUGAUGUAAAAAGGGGAGUUUUGCUGAAUGCACUGAAGUUACUAAAUAUCAGGACCAGUGAUAAAAGGAAAAACUUGGCCAAACAAAAAGCUGAGGCUCAAAAGAGGCUUUACGGUCAAAAUUCAAUAAAAAAACUCUUACCAGGUUCCUCAGACUGGGAACAGCAGAGACACCAGUUGGAGAGGCGGAAAGAAGAGCUGAAAGAAAGACUCGCUCAAGUCCGAAAGCAGGUCUCCAGAGAAGAACAUGAAAAUCGACAUAUGGGAAAUUAUAGACGAAUUUAUCCGCCUGAAGAUAAAACACUCCUUGAAAAGUAUGAAAACUUGUUGGCUGUCGCUUUUCAGACCUUUCUUUCAGGAAGAGCAGCUUUUUUCCAGCGAGAGUUGAAUAAUCCUUUGAAAAGGAUGAAGGAGGAAGAUAUUUUGGAUCUUCUGGAACAAUGUGAAAUUGAUGAUGAGAGACUGAUGGGUAAAACACCCAAGCCUCGAGGACCAAAGCCUCUAUCUUCCAUGCCUGAGAGCACAGAAAUAAUGAGAAGACAGAAGUACUGCAGCAGUGACAGCAGCUAUGACAGUAGCAGCAGCUCUUCGGAAUUGGAUGAGAAAGAAGAGUACCAAAACAAAAAAAGAGAAAAGCAAGUGACAUAUACUUUUAAACAGUCCAACAACUACAAACUCAUCCAACAAUCUAACUCCAUGAGGCGUUCAGUCAGCUGUCCUCGAUCCAUCUCUGCUCAGUCACCUACCAGUGCAGACAUUCGUCCCUUUUCUGCUCAACAGAUGUUCUCAGUAACCCGGCCAAUGUCAGCAUCUAGGUCACAUUCUUUAAGCCGCACUUCCUCCUACCUAAAGAAUCUGCCCCACACCAAUGAUGCCAAUUCUACGAAUCCUCAAAUGAGUGAGUCUUUGCGGCAACUGAGAACAAAAGAAGAAGAAGAAGAUCUUACAGGCCAGACCUUGUUAGUUCUCAAAGACAUGAAGAUCCGGUUUCCAGGAAAAUCAGAUGCAGAAUCAGAAUUUCUGGUAGAAGAUAUCAUUGAUAACUGGAAAUACCAUAAAACAAAAGUGGCUUCAUAUUGGCUGAUAAAAUUGGACUCUGUGAAACAACGAAAAAUUUUGGACAUAGUAAAAACAAGUAUUCGUGCCAUUCUUCCACGUAUCUGGAAGGUCACUGAUGUUGAGGAAGUAAGUUUGUAUCGGAUUUUCAACCGUGUUUUUAAUCGCUUACUCUGGAGUCAUGGCCAAGGACUGUGGAACUGUUUCUGUGAUUCAGGAUCCUCGUGGGAGAGCAUUUUCAGCAAAAGUCCAGAGGUGGUGACUCCAUUGCAGCUUCAGUGUUGCCAGCGUGUGGUUGAGCUUUGUAAACAGUGCCUGCUAGUGGUGUACAAAUAUUCAGCAGAUACAAGAGGAUCACUUUCAGGCAUUGGUUCGGAUUGGGGUAAUUUCAGGUAUUUACUACCAGGAAGUACUCAAUUCUUCAUGAGAACACCAAACUACAACCUGAAAUACAGUUCACCUGGAAUGACUCGUGCCAAUGUUUUAUUUACAUCCCGCUAUGGCCAUUUAUGAAACAGAGAGAAGAUCGCAAUUAGUUAUGCAUAAUAACAAUUUAUCCCCCCCACAAUGUAAACAUGCAAAAAAGUGACCAUUAAGUGCUGUUUUAUGUAUAUAUAACAUAGAUAUGUGAGAAAAUAUAUACAUAUAAUAACAUAUAUAUUUAUUAUAAUAUUUGAAAGAAUUAGCUUAAAAACUGGACAUAAGAUUUAAUCAUUCUGAAAAUAUAAUAAACCAUGUUAAAAUUGUUUACACAAAUAUGUGAUUGUCUAGAACUUGCUAGGUUUAUAAUUAAUUCCUUCCUACUAGAAAUGUUAUUUUUGCUGCAGAGUAUAUAACACAGAAUUGAUAUUGAAAAUUCCAUUGCAGUGUUAAGUUAUUUUCUAGGUAACACAUUUUUUUCUGCCUCAGAAAAUAUUAAUGGUGACAUUUAAACUCUCUUAUAUACUAGCCAUUUAAAAUAAUGAAAAAAGAAAGACUUAGCAACCUGGACCUGGUGUUCUGCAAUGAUAGGAUUAAUUGUAAAACGGGCUUAUCUUUGCUAUAACACACUAAAGUACUUAAAAUUCUCUACCACUCUUACUAUUCUAAGUGGAAAUUUAGCUACUUGUGAUAGCAUACAUUUUCAGUAGGGCAGUAUAGAUCUCAUAAAAUCAUAUAUGAUCUAAAAUGGAGAACAAUCCAGUAUGUUAAACAUAGACAAAUGUCUUACCUUACACUAGGAGUCACAUAAAGGAGCAUCCAGUGAUGGUAAUGACACAGUCUUUCCAUAUAAUUUUUGUAUCUCAUACUACUCAUUUGUAUUUGCAAAGUUUAUUUCAGAUGGGGAAAAAAUGCAGUUCUGUUCUUCAGGAGUAGAAGUGCUGACAUUUCAAAUUCAUUUGUUUACAAAGCAGUGAGUCACAUGGCCACGUGGGGCCUCUCCUGACUAGCACGCAAGUUUCCCUGUGCAAGGACCCAGGUGCGAGCCUCCUGUCCAUAGCUCUGGUGGGAAGGGGCUUCACAAGUGGUGAAGCAGUGCUAACUAAGGGUGUCUCUUUCCCUCUCUGUCUCUCCCCUUUUCAAUUUCUUUCUGUGAUAUCAAAUAAAUAAGUAUUUUUUAAAAAGUAGUGAGUCCCAAAGUCUUUCAAUGAAAAUCUAAUCAUGUAACAUUUCACCAUCAGAAUUAAUCUAAAUUUUUGCAAGUAGAAGAUUAUAAUUACUAGAUAGUGCUAGUCAUUAACAUAUGCUUGAGAAUUUUAAAAAUCAAGAGUAUGAAGUUUCUGUCCAAAGUUUUUAUGCAUACAUUUCUUAGUUAUUUUCUUGCUUAUCAUUUCAAUAAUAGUGAGUGAGAUGUGAAGUCUUCCAUGAAGGGUUAAACACAAUCAGACUUAGCAAUCCCUAGAAAUUGAAAUACUCAGCUUUUACAACUUUAUUUAAACUCUCAACAACUGAAAAUUUCUCACAGAUGCAAAUUAUUUAUAAAACUCUUCAGCGGGGGGAGUCAGGCUGUAGUGCAGCAGGUUAAGCGCAGGUGGCGCAAAGCACAAGGACCGGCAUAAGGAUCCCGGUUCGAACCCUGGCCCCCCACCUGCAGGGGAGUCGCUUCACAGGCGGUGAAGCAGGUCUGCAGGUGUCUAUCUUUCUCUCCUCCUCUCUGUCUUCCCCUCCUCUAUCCAUUUCUCUCUGUCCUAUCCAACAACGACAACAACAAUAAUAACUACAACAAUAAAACAACAAGGGCAACAAAGGGAAUAAAUAAAUAAAAUAAAUAUAAAAAAAAACAACUCUUCAGCGGUUCACCUCCUUUUGUUAUCCUGAAAACUUUUACCAGUAAAUCGAGACAUUAUUUUUCCUUAUAAACUCAUGGUGUGUCUGUUAACACAACACAAACUAAAGUGUCUGUUACAUGCUAUCAUUUGAUAUGUUGACCACUUGCUUUUGCUUAAUGGUGACAUUUGUUAGGGUGCUCUGGAGCUUUUGUUCUUAGCAGAGCAAAAGUACAUUUUUUUUUUUGAAAAAUGGAUAAAAUUAGUUACAAGGGGGGGGGAAGGCUAGCUAGAAUAAAGUAAAAUAUAAAAAAAUGAAAAGAAGGCACUAUCUCCCCUUAGGAAUAAAAGCCAAAUGCAUAGAUAUCAUUUAAAAAAGAAUAGAGAGCAAACUUAAAUGUAUGAAGCCAGUAACUAGCUGAUGAGCGAUUUUUAUUUCCUUUAGCUGUUGAUGUUUGCACUAGAAUUGUAUUGACCACAUUCACCUACUUAUGCUGGUCAGGUUUGAUAAGAUGAAGUUUGGAAUAAAAACCACUUGUUUGUUAUUUAUAUAUAGACCUGGUACACAGUGGGCAGGGCCACUGUAGUGCUUAUUCCUUAAAGAGAAACUUUAAGAAGAUAGAAAAUAAAAUAUGGAUAUUUCCAGAGGCCAUAGCAAUGUUUUUGAGAAAUAAAAUACUCCUUCUUUUUGAUUAUGAUGUUCUAUUUGUAGGGUUAAACAUUUGGGUGUAAUGAUAAUAUAGGUCUGACACUCUCUUCUAGGAGAGAAAAUUACUUUAUCUGAAUAGCUCCAGGAAUUCUUCAGUCUCACUGGAAGUUUUUCUUAGGGAAUUUGGUUUACUUACAAAGAAAACAUAUUUUCAUUUUGUUAUAAAUAUUUCACUCUAUUACACAUUGUUAGUCAUUCUGUAAAUUUAAGAUUGGAAUGCUUUUCAGAUCUAUAACUGAUUUCCAGAAUUGUAUAAAAAGCAAUGUUUAAAUUUUACAUCAUUAUUAAGUGUAGCAUGAAAUUGCAGGCAUGUUUUUAUUUAAUAAUGAAGCAAUGCAGGUUAAUCUACCAUUUGCUUUGUGUAAUCUGUUGAGUGGUUGUGACUCAUGAUUAUUUUCAGUAGCAACAAAUUCUAAUUUACUAGCAUUUCAUUUACCUGCACUUAUGCAAUUGAAGUUAUAGUAGGAUGAAUUAAGGAAAUAGAAACUCUUAACAUGUUGUCUGGAAUCUGGUUGACAGUUCCUCAUUAUAAGAGACAAAAGUCUAAAAAGAUCUCUGUGAGGUAGGUAUCACACAAAGUUCUAAUUCUUUCUCCCUUAAACUAAAAUGAAUUAAUCUCAAGACAGAAAAGUAAAUCCAAUCUUCUUUUCAUCUAAUAUUUACAUAUAAUGAGACUGAAGAUUGAAGAGGCUUCUAUAUAUCAAGAAAAAAAAAAGAACCUCAUUCAUUUUUUUUUUAAUUUGCAAAGUAUAGGAUUUUAGAGUUCUGUAUCUUACUCAGAAUUUCAGCUUUUCUAAUAUAAAUGUGGAUUAAAUGCUUUGUUCUUUAGCAUGCUAAAACCAUUUCAUUUAAAAUUAUAUAUAUACAUACAUAUAUUACACUGGUUAUAAAAACUACUUUUAAGCCUGAGGCUCUGAGAUUCCAUGUUUAGUUCUCAGCAUCGCCAUAUACCAGAGCUGAGCAUUGCUCUUCUAAAAUAAAUAUAUCUCUUUAAAUUUAAACAUGAUCACUAUUUAUUCUUUUCCGGAAGUAUAUCAAGAAACUGAUAUAUUUGUAAAUUGUAGUAUUUCUAGUUUUCUGUAAAAUACUGAAACAUUUUAAAAUGCCUUUGAAAAGUAAAUACCACAAGAAGAGUGGUGUCAAAUAUCUUUCUUGUUUUAUCUUACAGUGGAAGUCUUAGUUUGCUUAGUGCUAAGGGUUAAACAAUAAAAAGUGUAACUAGUUGUGUUUCUGUAAUCUGAUGACUUUUGAAAAAUUUUCUCUUUAAGUUGAGAAAUUUUAGUUUUCAGGGACUAAAUUAUUAAAAAUUGUCUAGACUGAUGCUACUUAUGAAUACAUUUAAAAAUUAGAACUAUAUUCAUGAUUAAAAAUUUUAUUGUUACUUUUCCUUUUUUCUUUUAAAUUUUCGCAUUCCCUUUGAAGACCUACUCUAUCCAUGGGCAAAAUCAGAGAAAGAAAUUUUGCCUUCUAGACAUUAGUUUCUAUUGCAUUUUCGGUGGUCUAUUUGCCAAAGGCACAGUAAAACUUGGUUUAAUGUGUUCUUACAUCUAGCCCAGUUUGUCUCUAGACAUUUUUAAGAACCAGGUUGAAGUUUCUGUUUGGAAAACAUUAAUUGUUUUCAUAGGAACCAAGAUACAUGACUCCCAAUAAAUGCUGAACUCUAAAACUGGUAUUUUUAUAAAUGUACUGGACACUUGGGCAUUGCUUCCUCACCUUUCUUCUUUGCCUAUUUAGGUCCUAUGGGACAUCAAAGAAAAGUUACUUGGGUAACACAUGCUGCAUUAUCUAGACACGUGCUACAAAAGAGCUUUGACUUUAUUCCCACCCAUUGACUUAAAAACUGUUUGGUAAAAUGAUCAUUCUAAUAGACUGAUACCUUCUAACUUAUGAAGAAUAUUUACAUAACAAAAUUCAUCAGAUAGUGAUAAUGUUUCUCUUUCAAGGACUAGCAGCAACAGGCUCUUGGUCCUGAGCUGGUUGGCUCAUACAGUGAUGACUGUACAUGCUACCGCAUUGAAUAUUAAAAGUUUUGCUGAGAAGAUUCUGGGUUUGAAGAUUAGCUUGAGAGUAAUACACUUGCUAACAUGAAUCAUGACUCAAAUUAUCCUUCUGCUUUAUCACCUGUAUAUGAAUGCAAAUGUUGUCACAGAAAAUAUGCUUGAAAUGUCAACACAGUGUGCAAUUAGCAUUGCAUUGUCAUGGUUCAGCUUGUGAUGUCUGUCUGGUGAAAGUGUCUCAAUUACUCAGAUAUGUGACUAUAAUAAAAAUCUUUAGCAUAAGAAAGUUA